AUGACUUCCUUAGCUCAAUCAUCAAAGCAGUCAGGUUUCCCACCGUCCGCACCGCUGUCGCCAUCCCUCGUAACCGCUACUAAGAUUCUCUCAAUCGUUCGGAUCGCUACGGGCGGAGCCUGUCUUUUCGCACCACAGCUCACAUGUUCGCUGCAUGGUUAUUAUGUGCCCGCUCCAUACGCGCUGCUGGUGCGUAUGAUGGGUGCCCGUGAAGCUAUAAACGGAGCCCUUUUGUUUACUGCACCAGAUGGGAAGGAGAGUGAUGGAGGGAACAGAAAUAUUAGGAGAGCCCUGUGGGUUGGAAUCCUGGCGGAUUCAAUGGAUAUCUGCAGUGUACUCUACGGAUUUGCUAUGGGAGAGGUUGGGACGUCCACGGCCGGGAUCUUAGGCACAGCUGCCGCAGGAGCAAUCACCAUGGCCGCAUUAAUGCUCCGAGCAUUACGACCUAGCAUAGGUCUAUAA